AUGUAUGGCUUGACCGAUGGAUGUUGCAAGGCCAGCAGUGUGCUUGAGCGGACAGGUGACGGACAGAACGUAUCAGUGACCGUGUUCACUCCUGUGUAUCCCCUCCUGAUCCUUCCCGGCUACCUGAUCAUGUCGUACACACGUGCCAAUCUGGUGGCGAAGCUCAACGAGCACGGGGAGGACCCUCCAGCGUCCUGGACAGUACUCCAACUCAAGAGCCGUUUGAGCGAGUGCCUUCAGGCGGUGAAGUCAGGAGAUGUCAAGACGCUCGAGGGCGAGCUCGAUCGCCUCAACCGGGCAGCCAAGAAGAAGCCUGCCCUGAUCGCGUUCCUGAAGGACUACAUCGAGGAUGUCCCCGAGAAGAAGACCAUCCCUCAGCUCCAUGCGCUGGGAUCAGAGUUGAUUACAGCGAAGUUUCCACCUCGCGGAUCGGAGAAGCUGGGUUUCGGCAAGUUCGGCUACAAGACGUUCCUGGAAGUGUACAACCUCCACAAGGACUACUGCAACUGGAUUCGCAAAACCGCUUCCGAGGGCGACUCCUGUCACUGGAGGCUCAGCAGGUUCGCGAGCUGGCUUCAGGAGGUGGAGCUGGGGACUCUGGAGUCCGAUCCGGAGCUCAUGGAGGACAAGAUGGAGAAGCUGGGAGCGGAUCCCAAAGAUCGCCGCCAACAGGGUCGUGUCUCCUUCCCGGCUCGAGAGAGCAAGUUGAGUGCUCCCAAGGGUCGAGACAGCAAGUCGAGCGCCUCUUCGACAAAGCCCGUGCCGACCUCGAUCUACGACGAGAAGGACGAGCUAGCGGAGGCCUUGGACCGCAUCAAGGAGCUGGAAGCACAGAAACUCCAGUUGGAGUCUCAGAUGAAGGAGCACGAUCCGAGGGGCGGGAAGAACCGAGACCCUGAGCCUGAAGUACCUCCUUCCAAUGAUGAUGAUGUGGCGCUUGCCGGCGAGCCAGUGAUCUCUGAUGAAGAGAGACAACGUAUCCUCAAGCUGGUAAAGCACAUCCACAGUGUCUCAGGAAGACUCAUCAAAGCGGCGCCCGAGCAGUUGAGAGCUGCCACUGAUCGAGAGCGGGCCAUUGAAGAGCUUAAGGGAGACUUGCCUGAUGACAUGCAGUGGGAGGAAGCGGCUCAGCAGCCGGUGGAAGUUCAUGAGCGGCAUCUUUCCCCUGAAGAGAGAGCUCAGUUCCGAGAAGCAAAGAUGAAGGAGGGUGAACUUCUGGAAGAAGACUAUUGGAUACGUCCCGUCCCUGAAAUCUAUGAACAGAUGAACGUGGAGCCCGGGGAAUUGCUGAAGCUCAAGCGAGCAGCCUACGGGAGUUCGUUUCUGAAGUUCAGGAAAUCCACCUGUCCCGAGACCGGUGAACUCAGGGUCCACGCUUUUCCAAACUCCCCAGAGCUGGCGCUUGUUGGAUGGGCUGAUGCAGCCUGGGCCAACCGGCCGGAUGGCAAGUCCAGCACAGAGGGGAUCGUCAUUGGUUUCUCCAGCCCCGAGCUUCGCGAGGGCAAGAUUGCUCCGGUGUCUUUAGCACACUGGAGAACCAUCGUAACCGAUUCCAAGAACUUGUGGGACAAACUCAGCAAAGAGAUCUUGGUGAUAAAGGGGGCAGAGAAACGCUCGGACCUUGAGGCCAUUGCAUUGAAGGAGUCACAGAUCAAUUCCCGGCUCCAGCUUCGGUGGGUUCAUUCAGAUGCGAUGCUUGCCAAUUCCUUGACAAAGCCCACAGAGAAAUGGCAGAUUCAGCUUUUCCUUAAGAUGAAGCAGCACUGGAGGAUUGUCCACGACAGUAGCAUGACAUCAGCACGCCGACGAAAGGCGGAAGGUAUAGAUCCUAUGCACAGUGAGGCCCAACGUUGA